AGCAGCAGCUGCGGAAGACGAUCCAAGACAGAGUCUGUAGUACAUGUUCUGCGAUGGAGGGAAUGUACAAUAAUCUAGAGCAAGCCCUUGGAGUGGUGGUUUGUAUCUUCCAGCGCUACUGCCGGAAGGAAGGCAACAGAUACACCCUCAGCAGAGGGGAGCUGCUGGAUCUAUUGAAAAAAGAGCUCCCCAUUUUGAAAACAUUAAAAAUAAAAGAGGGAGCCUUUGAGGAGUUCAUGGCAUUACUUGAUACGAACAGCGACGGCCAAGUGGACUUCGAGGAGUACAUCCGGUUUGUGUCGGUGGCUUGCACCUACUUCCACGACUUCUUCAAGGACUCUCCUCCGGACCAUCCACGAGUGCAAUAAAACCCAAGCGACGUCCAAGCCUGAAGCACGGUGGACUCUUCAUCAAAAGUAGGAAUAAUUUCAGGGAUAGAGAAGAGGACUGUAGGUGCUGAGGAGAGGGUGAUACUCAAAGAUGUCCAAGCAAGACGUUUGAAUGAAGAUCUAAGGGGAAAAGGACUUCUCGUAGUCCUGCCAUUCUGUUGUUCACAUGACCAAAUGAGCUCAAGGGCUUAUUCAGCGUGAGAUGCCUCUUCAGCAUCAGGUAUAUCAUAGGAGUAUGUCCAGAGUUAGAAUCCUCUUUCCCCACAAUUCUCCUCUUUUCCCACAAUUCCAUACAGUGGUUUACCCAAUACCGAAUGUAUUUGAAGUAGUAUACGACAAAUAUGCACAGACUGAAUUUAUGGUAUGACACUGAAAGUUGCCAUUGGCCAUGGUUUUCUGUGUAUGGAGACCAGGAACAUCACUUAGAAUCAUAGAAUCAUAGAAUGGGAAGGGGCCUGCAGGGUCAUCUAGCCCAACCCCCUGCACAAGGCAGGAAAUUCACAACGUGACCACACAACUUGACGGCUCUUCUGGUACCAGGAGGAAUAUGGCCAUUUUGACACCUCUAUGUGAUUUGUUUCUUCGGUCACAGUGCAAUUCGAAAGGUAUUCCCCAUUCUUAGUUGAAGGCUGCCCGUUUUAUUGGCGCAGAUGGCUAGAGAUGUGUACAGUGACUUGCCCAUCUUAAAUGGUACCUUUCAGAGUCAGUUUAGUGUAGUGGUUAGGAGCGUAGACUCUGAUCGGGGAGAAAUGGUUUGAUUCCCCA